AUGUUUGCAACUCCCUUCUUUGGCACCCUCUUUUCCCAAGACCGCUUCCUAGUUCUGCUACGAUGCCUGCAUUUCUUCAACAAUGCUACUGCCAUCCUAAGUGACCCGUUAUACAAAAUAAGAAAUGUUCUUAUCAGCCUGACAUCAGCAUUUGGUCGGGUCUUUGUGCCAUACAAGGACCUAUGCAUUGAUGAGUCCCUGAUGUUAUGGAAAGGAAGGCUGGCGUUCCGUCAAUAUAUUCCCUCCAAAAGGCACAGGUUUGGAGUCAAGUUCUUUGUCAUGUGCGACGUGAAGACAGGAUUUGUCCAGGACAUUAUAGUUUACACAGGGUCCACCACUGACAUCAAACAUUAUGAGGGGCUUGGGGUGUCAGGAUCCGUGGUGAUGACCAUGCUGGCUCCUCAUCUCGGCAAGGGACACACUUUGUACGUGGACAAUUGGUACAGCAGUCCCACACUCUUCCAGCAUCUGCUCUCCAACAGCACAGGGGCCUGUGGCACAGUCAGGUCGAACCGGAAGGGGAUGCCGCUAUUCGGAUGCAGUGAGAUGCAGAGAGGGGAGGUGGAGUUCCAGGAGAACGGUAAAGUAAUUACCUACCAAAAAUACAGAGAGAACCUCAUGAGAGAGCUGCUAGAGGAGCACCACACCCCUCGGCGCCAAUCCACUGGGGGCCGUCCUGCUGCAGACAAUCCCCUACGCCUCACUGCACGGCAUUUUCCCUGCAAAGUCCCUCAAACUGCUUCUCAAGGUCGGCACAGCGUGACGGACUAUGCCAUCCAGUUCCGCACGGUGGCAGCAGCGAGUGGCUGGAACAACGAGGUGCUCACGGUGUGCUUUCUGAAAGGCCUUUCCGACACUAUUCAAGAUGAACUGGCCACUCGGGAACCACCGGAUCAAGUUGGCCUCAAGCAUUGA